CCAUCCAGCACCAGAUCGACAUCGGCGCGCUUCCAUUCGACAGCUCCGCGCUCUACCUGCUGGUUACCAGCGGCGACGUCGCAGUAACCAUCGGCGGCGAAACCUUCUGCGGAGACUACUGCAGCAAGCAGUCGACUCUCAAGCUGCGCGGACCUGACGGGUCCGUCGGGGAAACCAAGUUCAUCCACGCGGGCGACGUGUUUGCGCGCUGCCCGGUCCGCUGCACUUUCCGCGCCGCUCACGCAACUGAGCCUAACCCUCUCCGCCACCUGCUCCGCCACCUAGGCUCGGCAAUUACCGAGUCUCUUCCCGGCCCUGAUGCCGGGCCCAUCAUGGCAUCCGAGUUCCCCGAGCUUGAGCCCCUGCCUCCAGCCACCGUCGCCGAGGCAUCUGCUUCUGGUUCGGCAGCAGAGCAGGAGAACGCCACUGCCGCCCCCGCUACAACCGCCAAGAUGUGUGCUGCGUUCCCAGCAGAGACCUUCAUCCAUGCCAUUACGUACGGAAGCAACUCCUCAGGUGUUUCUUCAGGUGCUCUCGCAGGCGACAUCACCACAUGCGCAGCUGCUUCUGUGGGAGCCAUGGUGGUGCCUCCAACUGUUGCUGGCCGGGCCAAGUCGAGUCUCGACACCCCUCCCAUGAGCAGUCCGUUCCCCCAUUUCCUCCCCCCCUUCUCCCCCUUUUGUGCGGACGACCCGCGGUCACGAAAUAGCCCCCACCCACCCCCCUCACUUGCUCCCUCCCCCUUUGCACAACCCUCGCUCUCGCCCCUGCGCCCCUAG